CCGCCUUACAUCACAAAAUGCUCUCAUUUCUCAACCCACUCUCUCCACCUAACAGUCAGAAGCACCCACUCUCUUUAGAAGAGUGAAAAGGGGGAAAGAAACAAAAUAUCCCAAAAAAAAAGAAAAAAAAAAGAAAAAAAAAAACCUAUAGAUAGGAAGGGAGAGAACAACAAAAAAGAGAACGAGAGAAAAGAUGGGGAUUAAAGCAGUUACAGUUGUUUUUCUCGUCUUCUCUCUCUUUUUUUAUCUGACGAAAGCUAUCCCCAACACUCCUCUGCAGACCCAACAUGGAACCACGAUGAAGGUGGAAGAAGGGUCAAUACUUGGAGCUCAAUUCGGCCGCAAAGUUUUGGCGCUCAAAGUGGCUACUGAAUUUGGCCGCAAAUUUGGAGGCGAUCACCGAAUUCUCCGCCGAUUUGGAGGAGGCAGCAGAAGCCGAUGGCGGCCUUCAAAUGGUGCGCACCACCACAAUGCCGGGCCGAGUCACCACGGCUCAUUCAAAUGGGCCAUUUUCGGAGUUCUUUCCAUGUGGGUUUUCUUGGUCUAGAAUUAGGCAAUGGGACGGUGAUGCUGCAUAUAGCCCUACUAUUUCCUAAGGCGUAUGGAUCAUAGUAUGGCAUCCCUUGUAAUAGUUUUUAUGCCACGAAAUGUCGAUAAUCAUGUCCUUUGUGUAAAAUGUGAUUGGUGAGAUUGGAUUAUCCAACAAUGAGAGACUUCAACUUACA